AUGCAAUUAUCGCAAUGCGAUAUUUCGUUAAAAAGUGUUCGGUUCGGAAAUUGUAUGUAUGUAUCGGAGUUUGUAUGAUAUUAAUGGGAUCUACGCCCUUACAGAAUAGUAAUUUCACAUCGUAUUUGCCAAAAUGUUUACAGUAAUGGAAAAAAAACGGCCGCCGACCGGGUCCGGGCACCGGGCACCGGGAAUCCGGAAUCCGGUCGCCCGCGAGAUAAGAGGGACAGAGAAAGAGAUAAAAAUCCGGCCGUCGACGUACACAACAAACUAUUGGUUUGA